ACAGGAUACAAAAAUUUAACUAGGAGAAAGGUGUAUAUAAGUCUCACACACUUCAAACACACACUGGGUUUUUCCAUGCUAGGAUUACUGGUUAAAGGACAAACAUGAAGAAAUGUACCAUUCCACUGUUUGUGUUGCUCUCUUUAUUUGUUGCUUUACAACCUUCAAUUCAAACAGACACCAGCUCCUUCCUUAUCUACAACGAGGACCACAACAGAUGUGUGAAUGCCGUGAGUUCUACCGCAGUACAGACUGCACCAUGUGACGUAUCUUCUGAUGCUCAGCGUUUCCGAUGGAUUUCCUCUUCGCGAAUUAUCAGCCUCUCUUUCAAACUCUGCUUGGGGUCCCAGAACAUCAAAGACUGGGUCAAAAUUCUCCUUCUGCCCUGCAAUGAACUCAGCCCCCUACAAACUUGGGAAUGUAAGAAUGAGACCUUGUUUGGCUUAAAGGGACAGCCACUGCACCUGAACUAUGGAAAUCGAAAUGAGCAAAGUAUGAUGUUGUAUAAGGGAACAGGUACUUGGAGUCACUGGCAGAUUUAUGGGACCAAGGAAGAUUUGUGUUCUCGUGGAUAUCAAGAGAUAUAUUCACUAGGUGGUAAUUCAUUUGGGAAACCGUGCCAUUUCCCAUUUAAAUUUGGGGAGAAGUGGUAUGCCGAGUGCAUUGUGGAGGGCAGAGCCGACGGUCUGUUGUGGUGCUCCACCGAGGCGGACUACGACGUGGAGAAAAAGUGGGGCUUUUGCCCAACCAAAUCCGGCUCCGGGUGGGACACUGAUCCAGUGACUGGUGUGUUAUAUCAGAGGAACACGCAGUCGGUACUGACUUGGUAUCAGGCGCGAACAAGCUGCCAGCAACAAGGCGCUGAUCUUCUCAGCAUAUCAGAGCUGCAUGAGCAGAGUUAUAUAUCAGGUUUGACGAAUAUCUUUGGCUCCACACUAUGGAUCGGACUGAACAGUCUUGAGUUUGAUAGUGGCUGGCAGUGGAGUAAUGGACACGCAUUCAGAUAUCUAAACUGGGCUCCUGGGCACCCCUCUCUGGAACCCGGCCUGAACUGUGCAGCAUUAAAUGCUGGUAAAGCAUCAAAGUGGGAAAGUAUGGCCUGCAGUAAGAAACUGGGCUACAUCUGUCGCAAAGGCAAUGCUACAGAAAACUCGCCUCCACCAGGUAAAGAUCAGCCUAACUUCUGUCCUGCUGCGUGGGUGCCAUACGCCGGACACUGCUAUUAUCUGCAGCGCAUCAAGAAGACGUGGAGUGAUGCGUUAGCAGCGUGUCACAGGGAUGGCGCAGACUUAGCCAGUGUUCACAACAUAGAGGAGCACAGCUUCAUUAUAUCACAGACUGGGUACUUGCCUACUGAUGAACUGUGGAUUGGACUUAAUGAUCAGAGGACUCAGAACCUGUUCGAGUGGUCAGACAGAACACACGUCACCUUCACCAAGUGGAUAGCUGGAGAACCUUCACACGUCACUAAUCGCAUGGAGGAUUGUGUUCUUAUCAAAGGAAAGGAGGGCAGAUGGGCAGAUCACGCGUGUGAGACGGAGCGCGGCUACAUCUGCAAAAAGAAAUCCUCCAGCAAACCUGAUGGAGCAGCGGAGAGCGCCAGUCUCGGAUGCCAAGCUGGAUGGGUUCGGUAUGGAUCUCACUGUUAUAAUAUUGCCAUGGAGAGCAAGACGUUUAAUGAGGCCAAACUGCAGUGUGAGCAGACGGGAGCUCAACUGGUGGAUGUUGCCAACAGGUAUGAGAACGCUUUCCUCAUUAGCCUGGUCGGUCUUAGGCCUGAGAAAUAUUUCUGGAUUGGCCUGUGUAACACCGAACGACUGGACCGCUUCCAGUGGAGUAACGGCGAUAAAGUCAAAUUCACACACUUUAAUGCAGGCAUGCCAGAAAGGCACCAGGGUUGUGUGGCCAUGUUAACAGGAACUUCAGCAGGAUUAUGGGAUGUUCUGGACCGUAACAGUAAACAGAAGUACAUCUGUAAAAAAAUGGCAGAGGGUAUUACUACAACGCGAGUGCCGCCCACAACGCAGCCGCUCAGCUGUGCAGGUGGCUGGAUUAAAAAAGAUCCAGGCAGUUGCGUUCAGAUAUACCAGAAGCAAAAGGAUGAGAAAAAGACUUGGCUUGAGGCUCGUGAUUUCUGUCGAGCCAUUGGUGGUGACUUGGCGAGCUUCCACUCUCAACGAGAAAUCAACUCGUUACCCAGGUAUAUAAGCGGAGACCCAGCAUGGAUAGGCUUCAAUAUGCUGAAUAGUAAUUCUGGUUUUGUGUGGACUGAUGAAACCCCUUCUGAUUUUGAGAAUUGGGGGUUUGGAGAACCAAACAACUACAACAAUCAAGAGCACUGUGCAGAAAGUGGCUUUUAUUAUGGACGCAAGUGGAACGAUCGAGAUUGUGAAUCCUAUAAUGACUGGAUUUGCCAGAUACCAAUAGGCACAACUCCAAAACCUCCACCAACUUCUGCAGCCCAAGUGCAAUAUAACAUGACAUCUGAUGGCUGGAUCCAGUACAAUGGUAGUCAGUACUUCAUUAAUGAAGACCUCCUAUCUAUGGAAGACGCUCGCUCGUUCUGCAAGAAGAAUCAUGGCGAUCUUGUUGUCAUUACUGGUCAAACAGAGAGGAAGUUUUUAUGGAAGCAGAUAUCUAGGAAGUCAGAGGGUCAAUACUACAUUGGGAUGAGGGUGGAGUUGGACAAAUCAUUUAGCUGGGUGGACGGUUCACCUGUUGUAUAUACGUCAUGGGAUCAAAAUGAACCAAAUUUUGCCAAUAAUGAUGAGAACUGUGUGACCAUUUACAAGAGUAUGGGAUUCUGGAAUGAUAUUAACUGUGGUGUGGCAUUGCCCUCUAUCUGUAAAAGACGUUCUGACUUUGUCAACACCACCAUGUUGCCCUCCACUGUACCACCAGGAGGCUGUACUCCAGAAUGGACCAUGUUUCGUGGCAGAUGCUACAAGUUUUUUAAUAAUAAGAUGACGUGGCAUAAAGCUCGGGACCACUGCAUUUCACAUGGAGGCAACCUGGUGUCCAUUCUUGGUCAUGAAGAGCAAGCAUUCCUUACUACUCUAAUGCUCGGUUCAGAGGAUGACGUAUGGAUUGGUUUUAAUGAUGUCAAUUGGGAGAUGAGGUUUUUGUGGACUGAUGGUAAGGGUGUCAUCUACACAAACUGGGCCAAGGGUCAACCUUCAUCACUCCCGGAUGGGUCUUCGAGGAUGUAUGGCUACUUUGAUUCAGAGAACUAUGACUGUGUCGUCAUGGUUAGAAGCCCAGAAAAGAUGACAGGAGUGUGGAAAGUCGAAGUCUGCGGAGAUAAAAGAGGUUUCAUCUGCAAGAGGACAACAGACUCUCAGCUCGCUCGUCCUGUGACCACAGCAUUGCCACAACAUUUUUUCACACUGGGAAAUGAUUCAUACAAGGUGCAGAUGGAGAAAAUGAGCUGGGAUGAAGCGAGGAGACAGUGUAAAGCAGAUGAUGCUGACCUUGCCAGUGUGCUUGACUCCAUCAGCCAGGCUUACACCAUCCUUAAAGUCAGCAAACUUAAGGAGCCUCUGUGGAUCGGCCUCAACAGCAACCUGACAAGUGGUCGUUACCGCUGGGUGGACAACUGGCUUCUAAGAUACAGCAAAUGGGCAACAGGAGAACCCAAAAACAAUUUAGCUUGUGUAUAUAUUGAUACGGAUGGUGACUGGAAAACGGCUACAUGCAACAACACGUAUUAUUCCCUGUGCAAACGAUCCCCAGAGAUUGCUCCCACAGACCCUCCUCAGAUGCCGGGGAACUGCCCCGAGUCAAAGAAGCGUAAAACCUGGAUCCCUUUCAGAGGACACUGUUAUGCCUUCAUGGCCUCCAUGUCGGACAACUGGGCUCAUGCCACAGUGGAAUGCAUGAGAAUAGGGGCAUCAUUGGUGAGUAUCGAGGACUCAGUAGAAUCCAAGUUUAUCCUUCAGAAUUUGGAGAUCAUGCAGGAUGGAAUCAAAUCGUUCUGGAUUGGCAUGCACCGCAGUCACACGGGUGAAUGGAUGUGGAUUGAUAAUACGGUGAUAGAUUACACAAACUGGAAACCCCGGAUGCCAAACGAUGCUGGUUUUUGUGUGGAGGUCCAGUCGAGCACUGGAAUGUGGAGUACUGUAAACUGCAAUGCUUACAGGCCUUAUAUUUGCAAGACUGCAAAAGUUAUACCACCAACAGAGAAACCAUCAAUACCACUCGCUGUGGUGGAAGAUGCUCCUCAUGGCUCUGCGGGCAUCGCAGUUGGGGUCGUCUUGGUCAUAAUUGCUGUGGCAGGGCUUGCCACAUUUCUGUUUUUAAAGAGAAGCCCCAGGCCUGUGUUUGGAGAGUGUACGUUUGACAACAGACUCUAUAUCAACUCUGACCUGACACGGCCUCCUGCCACUAUUGAUACAAAGGGACUUGUCGCCAACAUCGAACAGAAUGAGCAUGCCUAACACACACACACACACACACACACACACACACACACACACACACACACACACACACACACACACACACACACACACACACACACAGUCCUCCCUCUGCCUGAAAGUCAUUUCGGAGCUGAUAAUGUUGCACUGAACCAGAUAGCACAUCUUCAAGAGCACUUCAUCUGGAAAGCAUCUGUUGUGUAGAAACGUCUAAUAAACAUUUUUUAAAAAGCAUUUUUACUUAUUUAGAAAUAUUCGGAACAUUACAGUGUUCAGCACAUGGAACGAUACGUUUUAAUCCAACAUAAGCAGAUAUGAGAAACAAUUGAUCCCAUUGCUUCGCAAAAUGAUUCCCUCUUUAAAAAAAAAAAAAAAAUGAAACGUCACUCGUUGGCUGGUCAAAACUGUAAAUGCGACGAGAACACAGCCCUAAACAUGUAUAAUUACAUUUUACAACCAAAUUCAAAUGUUUUCAUGAAAGUGUAUCUAUUAAAUGUAAUCUACAAAUCAUUAAAUAUCAUUAAAUAUAAA